UACAGGCAAAUACGACUAGUGAAACACUAGAGCAUACACUUUGCUUCUGGAAAAUUGCCAAUCUGUAAAGCAUGAGGAUAUUAAUAUUUUCUAUCUCGAUAUGUUUGUUGCUGCUGUUGGUUGGUCUGGAAACAACAGAAUCACUGAAUUCAGAUGCCGUUAACCUUUCCGUUAAUAAGCCGUCAAAACAAAUUAGUACUUGGAAUAGCCAAAGAAGAUUUCCAUCUAACUUAGGCAAUGAUGGCGACGCUAAUAGUGAUAUGUAUAAUGACCGUUGUUUGCAUACGAAAAAACACAUGAGCCGGUGGUGGGUAGUCGAUCUGUUGGAUGUUUAUAGCAUUAACACAGUUAAAAUGACCAAUAGGGCGGACUGCUGUGCCGACAGGGCGGAGAAUGUUAAGGUCACUGUAGCAGUAAAAUACGGUGAAUGGACGGUUGUAGCGAGCAAGGAAGGUCCAUUGGGUGCUUCCGCAACCCUUACAUUUGAUCCCGUGGAAGCUCGUUAUGUUAGACUUACGUUGAGGGACAAAGAAACAUGGUUUCAUUUAUGUGAAGUGGAAGUCUAUGGAUCGAAUUCUGAUAAUCUUACUCUUGAUAAGCCGUCUAAUAUGAUCAUUUGGGGCGAAUUGGAGACUUGGGGUGCUCCUGACAAACGCAAUGAUGGCGACACGGACAGUGAUAUGUAUAAUGACAGUUGUUUUAGUACGAAAACACAAAUGAGCCCGUGGUUGGAAGUCGAUCUGGUGGAUGUUUAUAGCAUUAACACAGUUAAAAUGACCAAUACGGCGGAUUGCUGUGCCGAAAGGGCGGAGAAUGUGGAGGUCUCUGUAGCAGUAGAAUACGGUGAAUGGACGGUUGUAGCGAGCAAGGAAGGUCCAUUGGGUGCUUCGGCAACCCUUACAUUUGAUCCUGUUGAAGCUCGUUAUGUUAGACUUACGUUGAGGGACAAAGAAACAUGGUUUCAUUUAUGUGAAGUGGAAGUCUAUGGAUCGACUUCUGAUAAUCUUGCUCUUGAAAAGCCGUCUAAUACGAGCAGCAUUGGGGGCGAAAUGGAUAACUGGGAUGCUGACAAAGGCAAUGAUGGCGACGCGGAUAGUAAUAUGUAUAAUGACAGUUGUUUUAGUACGAAAAAACAAAUGAGCCCGUGGUGGGAAGUCGAUCUGUUGGAUGUUUAUAGCAUUAACACAGUUAAAAUGACCAAUACGGCGGACUGCUGUGCUUCUGAUAAUCUUGCUCUUGAUAAGCCAUCUAAUAUGAGCAGCAUUUGGGGGGAAAUGGAUAAUUGGGAUGCUGACAAAGGUAAUGAUGGCGACGCGGACAGUAAUAUGUAUCACAACCAUUGUUUCAUGACUGAUAAGCAUGUGAGUCCCUGGUGGGAAGUCGAUCUUCAGGAUGUUUAUUACAUAACUCAAGUGAAUAUCACCAACAGGGAGGAUUGUUGCAUUCAUAGAGCAGAGAAUAUCGAGAUUUCAGUAGCAAAAGAGUAUGGGAAAUGGAGAGUGGUACUGUUUCAAAGGGGUUCUAUUAAUCCGUUUACAUCAUUAACAAUUUACGUUGUAGAAGCUCGUUACGUCAGAGUUACAUUAAGGGACAUAGAAACCUGGAUGCAUUUGUGUGAAGUGGAAGUCUAUGGAUAUACAAUUUAGACGGGGUGAACUAGAUGAUCAAGAACGCAGAGCUUAAAGGAUAGAAACAACUGUUUAAAAUCUUCAAUGUUUUUGCAAGACCAAAUAUUGAAUGCUUCAUUUUUUGUUGACAAAGUUAGAUAUAAAAAUUCAUAGAAAGAAAA